AUGGCCGGGCGGCGCGGGCCGGAGGCGGCGUCGGGGGCCGGGGCCUCGGCGCCGGGGGACGGCGCGGCGGCGGCCGAGGCGCUGGUGGUGGCGCUGGGGGCGGGGAUGACGGUGCUCAGCCACCCGCUGCUCUAUGUCAAGCUGCUCAUCCAGGUUGGACACGAACCACUGCCUCCCACCGUGGGGACCAACUUGCUGGGGAGAAAAGUCCUGUACCUGCCUGGCUUCUUCACCUACGCCAGGCAUAUCGUGCAAGUGGACGGGAAGAGGGGCCUGUUCCGAGGCCUCAGCCCCCAACUGGUAUCCAGUGUUCUCUCCACAGUGACCCGGGGCGGGGUGAAGAAGGCCUUCCCCCAGGAGGAAGUGGAGCACGUGUCCAACAAGGAUGACGUGAAGACGUCCCUGAGAAAAGUGGUGAAACAGACCUCCCACGAGAUGGUGAUGCAGUGUGUGUCCCGGGUGCUCGCUCAUCCUUUGCACGUCAUCUCGAUGCGCUGCAUGGUCCAGUUUGUGGGUCGGGAGGGCAAGUACAGCGGUGUGCUCAGCUCCAUCGGGAAGAUUUUCAGGGAGGAGGGACUGCUGGGAUUCUUUGUCGGUCUGGUCCCCCACCUCCUAGGAGACCUCAUCUUCCUAUGGUGCUGCAACCUGGUGGCCCACUUCAUCAAUGCCUACAUGGUGGAUGACAGUUUCAGCCACGUGUCCAUCAUCCGCAGCUACACCAAGUUUGUGAUGGGGAUUGCAAUGAGCGUGCUGACCUACCCUUUCCUGCUGGUGGGUGACCUCAUGGCGGUGAACAACUGUGGGUUGCUGGCUGGCCUUCCUCCUUACUCUCCUGUAUUUCACUCCUGGAUUCAGUGCUGGAGACAUCUGAGUAUCCAGGGCCAGCUCUUCCGGGGAUCGAGUCUACUUUUCCGCCGAGUCUCCGCAGCGGCGAGCUUCUCCCUGGACUAAGUGGAAAUGGUUUCGGUGUAAUAGUAAUAACGGACCUAUUACCUCUGCCAGCUGGAGCGGGCCCAGCCCGCAGGGGCUUGUAAGGACCGGGGAGAUGGGGGGUGCCCGACCUUUUUCUUCUGCAGCCGGCCUAAGGACCAGAUCUAAUCCCCCUCCCCAGCCUUCCCCUGCAGCCCCAGCCCGGAAGGACCUCCCCCACCGGGCCGGAGACCGAGGAUCGUGGCCGGGACGACAGCACCGGCAGUCAGGGAGGAGAUGGUGAAAGGCGAGGACUGAGGGACUGGUGGAGCUAAGUGGGUUGGGCUACGGGGCCUGGGCCGGUGGGCACCUCUGCCAGCCUGGGGGACCCGAAGUGUAACCGAGCUGGGUUGCCUGGGCAGACCAGAGGCUCCCCGUGGCCCAGUUCCCUCCCGAUUGCCCCGUCCUGGAGUCUGUGGCGGGGAGUGGGUGGGCUGGGAGGUGCAGUGGGGUAGGGCUCCAGCCCCUCACUCACUGUGGGAGGCCUUGCUCCAGAAGGAUGGGCAAAAGGCCCCUGUCUGCAGCCACUCAGGCCUCUCAUGUAGGGAGAUGGAUGGAGGGCUGAAAGAGAAAUGGGGAAAUGCAGUCUCUUCCUCUUCCCUCUCCUCCCCCAUUUACACACUCCCCUACCUUUUCCCCCUCCCCCGCCCUGGUAUGCGGGCUGAAGUCCUGCCAGGGCCUACCUAGUGCCUCCCACGACCUAGCGAGUUGGCUGGGGAAGAGCCAAGGGCGUUGAUCUCGUAGUGAAACCUGGCCUGCCUCUCCCCAACUUGACUGCGGAAGCCCCGAGUCCUUCUGAGCUGCUGCAGGCUAAACUUGAGCCCGGUCAGGGGAAAGCUUUGCUGGGGAAACCGGUGGGGGUCCGGUGGGCGAGGACUAGAGUGGGUAGCCCAGCAGUCCCGGUAUCCCAGUCUGCCGUCCUAGAUGGGCCUGACAGGACAUCUCCAUUGCUCAGUGGGGGUGAAAGUCCUGAUGGUGAUGGUCUUCCCAUUAGUCACCUGGUCCUAGGCCCAGGCUGGGUUCGGGGCAGCUGCCGUGGUGACCCGGCUUGGGUCCGCUUACCAUUCACAUCUGUUUGUUUUCUUGGUGUUCCCCGCCCGGACACAUGUCGCUUCUUGCCCUCGGCUCUGCCUUGAGCUGUGGAGCUCCCUCCCCGCUCAAUUGGGCAGCAUCGGGAACAAUCUGAAGUGGGUUCCAGUCCGGGCAGCCCCUCCUCAUUCAUUCCCAAUGGCCCAGCCCCGCACGGCCCGUCUGACAAAGCUAUCCGGCCUCCAAAGACUCUGUAAUCCCACCUGUAAAUAAACCCUGGAGCUGCCUCUA